ACAGGCACAGCAGUGAGAAACGUCACUAUUUUGUAUAUUAAAUAUUGGCAGCGUUGCAGCUGUCUUGUUCGCUGACGUUAGACAACUUUAUAGUUGCGUUUAUGUGUCUUUUACAGUUUAGUUAACGAAGCCAGUAUAACAAACAACUCAUCUAGCCUCUGAUUUACGUCCCUAUUGUUGUUUUACGACAAGUCAUGCUGAAAUAUGAAAGAUAAUUGAUUAAUAAUUAGAUAACUGUUAGUAAAACUGCUAAUAAAACCGUUAUUAUUAAUUAAUGUAUAAUUUUUUAUUAAAUAAGUCAGAUUAACAUCACUUGUGAUAUUCUAGUUAACACUCCUAUAUCAAAAAAGAAGAAGAGUUUUUUUUAACAUCAUACGUUGAAUUAAUUAAACAAAUAAUUAAAUUGCCAUUUCCUCGACGGCUGACGGGAACUCUGAACUCUUAUGUUUCAUUGUCUCUGUUGAUAUCUCAGUUUUGCGUCAUUGCACAGAAGUAACGUUAAAAGACUGCUUUACGGCACAGAUGAAUACAGCCGUUCCCACCGCAGAGGAACCCGGCGGACCACCGAGUUUUGUCGAAUAAGACAACAUUUCUAAAGCCUUGGACUCACACGAGCGGACACUGACUGGUACACUCUGAACGAAAAGCCUCCAUAGAACAUGGCCGAUUCUACGGGCUUAAAGAAAAGGGAAAAGACCCUCCUCAAAGCCAAGAGAGCCAAACUUUCCCCCGGGAAGGAGCGGCCCAAACUUUCCCCCGGGAAGGAACGGCCCAAACCUUCCCCCGGGAAGGAGCGGCCCAAGCUUUCCCCCGGGAAGGAACGGUCCAAACCUUCCUCCAGGAAGGAGCGGGAGGUGAGGACUCGCGUGGACAUCGGGAUGGCCAUCGAGCCGUGGCGGAGACUCAAAGCCCUGAAGGGAUGGAAGACCGACGCGGAGGUGGCGCAGAGGCUGCUGAACGUAACGAAGAAGCUGAAGGCGAAGCCCCCGCAGCCCGCCGCCGCCGCCGAGAUCAAAUUCACCCAAUCGGAAAUGCAGACGCUGAUCGAGCAGGAGGUUGACACCGCGGUGCAGAAGAAAGGAUCCAAGCUGCAGCGUCUGAUGGAAACCAUUCAGCAGCUGGACCGCGCCGUCGACUACGAGAACUCCAUCCAGAAACUGGAGACCCGAAUCAACACGGUGACCAAGAGAGCCGAAGCAGCGAUUGCCUUCAUGAUGAAUCCCGAGAAAAAGGAAAACACAAAACAGGCCCUGGAGAACAUGGAGGCUGCUAAAGAAGUUUUGAAGGAUGCCACACGAGAGAUAAAAAAGGAGGAGGGUCCUCCGGUUCUCACCCCUCACUGUUCCCCGGAGCUUAAGGUCUCCAUUCAACGGCUAAAAACAAAGCCGAAAGUGGAGAACACGCAGUGGGAGGAGCCAAAGCUCGGCCCGGUGAAAGCGGAGCGUCUCCCUCUGGGCGAGAGCGCCGCCUCCUCGGAGCAGGUCAAGCCCCCGUACCCGCCCCUUCCCACCAAGAGUUUCCCCAAGAGCUUGGACGCGGAGGCGGCCUCGUACAGCGUCCCCCCGAGACCCCUGGUGCGCCUCGCUGCCAUCCAGAACGCCGGCGUCACCGUGCUCUGGAACGCGGAGCGGGUCGACGGCGUCGCGCCGCCCAUGGACAACUACAGCAUCUUCACGACGAUGGAGAAUCGGAAGGGCAGCAACGUCUUCCCGGACUGGAUCCAGACCUCGGUGGAUCCCGAGCCGCUGCCCAUGUGCCUGCUGAUCAACAAGUUCAAGCCCGGGCGCAAGGUGUGCGUCGCCGUGGCGGGAAAAGACACGUUCGGCCGCUUCGGGCCGUACAGCAACGUGGCCACGGCGUCUCUCCCGGACUAGCUCCCCACGGGAAACGGCGUUCACCUCCGCGCCUUAAGGUCGACGCCACGGUGAGGAAGCCCGUGUCGUUUUAUUUUUUUAAUGCUGCCUUUUUUAAUUUAGUAUUUAUACGCAGUCAGUCGUAACGGGCUCUUCUUCUUCUCUGGUCCUCACUCUGGCGUCUACUGAAGAUGAGUAAAGUUUAUCGUGAGUUAUCGUUUCACUUUGCAAACAAAACCUCUCGCGUGUAAAGUAUUGCGUGUUUUUGUUUUCUCCGAGCCGCUCGAGUCGAGUGUUUUGUCUUGAUAAAUGUUUUUUUACAUAAAGUAGUCAUGUUUAACGGGUGUUACGGCUUCACGCACCUGAAGGGUCACGUGCUCGUCGUUCAGGUGAUUGAAGCGACGCGUGUCGGUUCCUCACGCACAAUUGUUUUCACACGAAAUAAAGAAGCAUAAAUUCA